GGAGGCGAGGCAUGCGCGGGGCGGAAGUGCGGACUGCCCGGCCCCGUCCUCCUGCCUUUACUGGAUCGGAUCGAGGUUUCUCCGGUUGCCGCUGCCGGCCCACCGACCCGGCCGUGCUCUCCACUCAGGCUGCCCCGCCCGAGCCGGCACCAAGAAGGUCACUGUAGGAAACUCAUCGUACUUUUAGCCCUCGGCCCUCAAAUCAGUGCUGCUUUCUACCUCCGAUAACCUGGACAGAUAAAUGACUUCUCUUCCUGUCAGCCCACGAACAAGCAGACAACCAAGAGUGACUUCAGAUAGGUCCCUGCUGACUUUCAGUCUGAUGCCCGUCCAACCCUAUGACCACUUGGAAUGGAAUGAUUCUAUGCACUCCCUUCGGAUAACUGUGGGUGGACUUCCCGUCCUUGCGUCCAUGACCAAAGCUGCUGACCCCCGCUUUCGACUCCGCUGGAAGGCAAUUGUAGUGUCUUCACUGUGCUUUGGUAUUGUACUUUUGCUGCUGUGCUUCCACCGUUCAUCCACAGGAAGACCAGUCCAACCCAAUGUUCACAACCGGAGGCUUAAUCAGUUUUUUAGUGACCGCUACAAUGAUACCUAUCCUCUGUCACCAUCCCAGAAGACUCCCAAUGGAGUUCGAUACCGAAUUGCAGUUAUCGCUGACUUGGACACUGAAUCCAGGGCCAAAAAGGAAAAUACCUGGUUCAGUUACCUGAAAAAGGGCUACUUGACCUUGUCAGAGAGUGGAGACAAAGUGACUGUGGAGUGGGAUAAAGAGGAUGGCAUCCUAGAAUCCCACCUGGCUGAAAAAGGAAGGGGCAUGGAACUCUCAGAGCUCAUUGUUUUCAAUGGGAAGCUCUACUCAGUGGAUGAUAGAACUGGGGUGGUCUACCAGAUUGAAGGCACUAAGACAGUGCCUUGGGUGAUCCUGUCAGAUGGAGAUGGUACAGUGGGAAAAGGUUUUAAAGCUGAAUGGCUGGCUGUGAAAGAUGAGCAUCUGUAUGUUGGAGGCCUGGGCAAGGAGUGGACCACUACUACUGGUGAAGUGAUGAAUGAAAACCCUGAGUGGGUAAAGGUGAUUGGCUACAAAGGCAAUGUAUAUCAUGAAAACUGGGUAUCUAACUACAACGCUUUGAGAGAUGCUGCUGGGAUUCGCCCCCCAGGCUAUCUAAUUCAUGAGUCAGCUUGUUGGAGUGACACACUACAGCGAUGGUUUUUCUUGCCUCGUCGGGCCAGCCAUGAACGUUACAAUGAAAAGGAAGAUGAGCACAGGGGUACCAACCUUCUCCUUCGAUCUGCUCAAGAUUUUGGAGACAUCUCUGUGAGCCAUAUUGGGGAAGUAACCCCAACACAUGGCUUCUCUUCCUUCAAAUUCAUUCCUAAUACAGAUGACCAAAUCAUCGUGGCUCUGAAAUCAGAAGAGGAUAAUGGCAAAAUUGCUACUUACAUCAUGGCCUUCACUCUAGACGGACACUUCCUUCUCCCGGAGACCAGGAUUGGGAAUGUAAAAUAUGAAGGAAUAGAAUUUAUUUAAAACAAAAGAAAGAAAGAAAAAAACAUUUUCACAGAGCAUAGCUAAGUGGCUGGGCUGUGUAAGCUGGGUCAUUACUUUGGUUUUAUACAGAUGAGAGGACUUUAGAUUUUAUUUUUAUGAUUUUUUUCUUUUUUGAUGCAAUGAAAGAUGUGUGUGUGCCCUGAUGGGUGAUUGCCAGAGGAGGAAGAUCAAAAUCCAAGACAGAUUAAUUAAGGAAAUGUCAGUUCUAGGAUUUCUCUGUAGUUACUGAAUGGGACACGUCUUUCAGUAACUGAGUGAUGGCUUCUGUUAUUGGGGAUUGUGCCAUGAUGUGUUCACAUUGGUACCUGGUAGUGAAAGACAGUCAUUAUCUUAAAUUCUGUCUGUGCUACCCAGUUCACUUCCUGCGACAGGACUUGUGAGCAGUUCCAGCACCUAAUUCCUCCCUACUUUUUUUUUUUUUUUUUUUUUUUGAGAUAGCCAGUGGAGAUUGGGGGGAAGAAUGGCUUUGAUUAGGGACUAUGAGUGUGUGAACACACCAAUGUUAAGGUACCAGGAACUAAUAAGUGCCCUGAGAAAAACCAACUCUUUUCUUUUCCCAAGUUUUAUAUAAGAUAAUCUUAAUCUCAGUGGCAGCUGACCUCAUUUUACUUAUUGGGGGCAAACUACAGUAUAACGGCAUGGCACUUUUAAGUCUAACUUAUUUUAAGAAAAACUAUUCCUCAUCCCAUAAAAUUGAAUCAUCAAAUUUAAUCACAUAAUAGGAAGCCCUACACUUAAGUCAUUCACUCAUCAGACAGUAAGGGGCCAUUGGGACAGUCUGUUCUGGGUCAAGAUUAAAAUAAAAUAUGCAUACAGUGAAAGAAUGUUAUUAGAUAGUUAUAGUUAGUAAAGUAACUUUUAAUAUGGUCCUGAGCCCUGGGCCAGCAGAUAGGAAAUUAAUAGGAAAAGAAACUUUAAUUUUAAACUUCUUCAGAAACAAAAUGGAAACAUUCAUAUCACCAUAAGCUUUUAUAGAGGCCUUGAUUUUUCACUUUCUUGCCUUUUAAGUGGAAUGAUGGUUUCUGACAUGAAUAAACUUAAGUUCCCUGGACUAUUUUAUUCCAAGAAACUUAGUGUUUGGAGUUGAGGCCCAGGCUCCAAAUUUACCUGAAAUAAUUUUAGUGGGGCAUUCAUCAUCUUCUAACUCUUCUGUUAUUUUACCUUGAUCCUCAGGCUGCCUGCUUUCUGAUAUCUUCUCUCAACACUUCCUUGGUACAGACAAGAGAACUAGAAUAACUGGGAACAAGACUAAGAAGGGAAGUUUCUCUCAGUGUGCAGUGUUCCUCCCUAAAAAAAAAGCUACCUCAUUUUCUUAUUUUUUUUUUCCCUAUAAGAAAAACUGUCCAGGUGAUGGGUAUUAAGGAUGGGUGAGCAAAAUGAGAGGAUCUUCCUUUAAUCGAUAACAGCUUUUUCACAACUUGAAACUUUCAUACAGUUUCUUUGAGGAAAUCUAAUUCUGAUCUUUCUUUUUUGUUCUGAAGGUCUCUGUUUCUCUGUGCUGUAAAUAAAGGGAGUGUGGGGGAGAGAAGGAGAAGAAAUUUAAGUUAUUGAAUAGUCCUUGUUUACCUAGAACUUAUAGACACUAAUUCAUGUCCAACUGGUAAACAGAUAUGUCCCAGGCUAGAUUGCCUUCUUAUUUCCUUUUUCUCCUUUGAUUAAUGUCAGCCAUAUAUGGACUGACCAGUUAAAAAGCCAAGCAGUUUCAGGAGGACAUGGAAAAUUUAAGAGAAUCAUUAGUUUGGAAUAUCUUAUGCUAGGUUUGAAGUCAGAUAUGAGGAGGACCUUUUAAGGUGUUUUGAAGUCAGUGAGAAUAACUUUCAAUUCCCAGCCUUGACAUUAAUGGAUUCACCAUUUAUAUAUGGUCAGUGAUUUUCCAUUAUCUUUAAAUCAUUCUGCCAUUUUUUCCUUCCCUCUCUCUUUACUACUGUAAACACAAUGAUUGUGUUCCUUGCCUGCUGGAUCUAUGUGUAAUAAUAAAGUUUCAGAGGGAAAUGUGAA